AAUUAUCUUUCUUCUCUCUCUCUAGUCUUUAUCUUAUUUAAUUUCUCCAUCUUCCUUAUGAUCAAAUACCCAAAGCUCCAUCAUCUUUCUAUAUAAUUAGAAGAAGAAGAUAGGAAAGAAAUAAAACAAAGAACGUGUUUUCUUCAUUGUUAAACUGGAGAUGGUGUUUGGUUGGAGAAAAGCGUUUUGCAAUUCCGUUUCAAGUAAUCAACAACAAUCAUCAUCAUCAUCACACAUUCCUACACCAAGACUCCGAUCAAAGUUUGGUUUUUUCUCAAACCCAUCAACUCCCCGUAUCCAGUCUCCUGGCGGCAUCGGCCGUGGUAGUGGAAUCGGAUGCCGCUCCGCCGCUUCAACCUCAGCCGCUAACCCAUCUCUUCCCACUAGUCCCAAACUCCACUGCAGGACCACGAGCAAUGCAACUCCAAGGACCAGUAACAGCUCAACUCCUAAGCUUCUGUCUAACCCUUCUUCCCCUAAAUCAUCAUCCACUCAUGGCGGCGUUUCUCUCCUCCGUGCCACACUUAUUCUCAACAAAAGUAAUAAUAACAGAUGUGGGAUUUGCCUACAGAGGUUGAACUCGGGUCAAAUCAAUUCAACGGCGAUUUUCACGGCGGAGUGUUCACAUUCGUUUCACCUCUCUUGCGCCGUUAAAUUAGACGGCAAACGUUGCCCGUUCUGUUCCGCCGCCUGGAAUUACACGCCGAGGUCGGAUGCUGAGUCUGUGAAUUUCGAAUCCGACCCGGGGAGAGGACCCGAGAUCCGAGAAAUCAAGACGGGGAAAUCCUUAAGAGUGUACAACGACGACGAGACCUUAGCUUACUCGCCGGUUUCUCUUGCUCACUUCAACAGUAUACCGGAAUCAGACGAAAACGACGACGUAGACCAAGAAGGCCAUGAGUUUCCCGGAUUCUUUUCCGAUUCUUCGAUUACGCCGGCGUUUUCUGGUUCGAUUCCUCCCAUCUCCGGGACUCUGGAGGUUAAAUUGCUGCCGGAAUCCGCCGUCGUGGAAACAGGGAAACGGGUCGAGACGCACGUCGUCAUGAUGAAACUGAAGGCGUCUUUACCGUCGUCGUCGACGGCGGACGCGAUUAGAGCGAGCAGGCCGUCGAUAGAUCUGGUGACGGUUCUCGAUCUGAGCAGCGGCGGAGCGAGCUUGCGGACUGUUAAGCACGCGCUGAGACUGGUGAUCUCUCUGCUCCGGGAUAUGGAUCGGCUUUCGAUCGUCGUGUUCUCGACGGGAUCGAAACGGUUAAUGCCGUUACGACGGAUGACGGAUAGAGGACGGCGAUCGGCGCGGCGAAUCGUCGACGCACUCGUCGGAAUCGAAACCGCCGGCGGCGGGGGGAUGAGCGUUAACGACGCGUUGAAGAAAGCGGUUAAAGUCGUUGAAGAUCGGCGGGAGAGGAAUCCGUCGGCUAGUAUUUUUGUUUUAUCCGACGGUCAGGAUCAGCCGGAGGCGGUUUUGAAAGCUAAACUAAACUCCGCGCGUGUACCUUUCGUCGUUUCCACCACGCGCUUCUAUCGUUCGGAGAUCCCGGUACACUCCGUUUCAAUCGCUUCUCCAAGCGCGUUGCAUCACGCGCCGCUUCGAGACGCGUUCACGGAGCGAAUCGCUUCGUUGCUAAACGUGGUUCUCCAUGACGUGAAUCUUAACCUCGGUUUAGUCUCCGGUUCUCCGUUGACUGAGAUUUCAGCGGUUUACUCUUUAACGGGUCGGUCAGAGAGUUUCGGAUUCGGUUCGGCUGUUAUCGUCGGCGAUCUGCUCGCGGAGGAGGAGAGAGAAUAUCUCGUUGAGUUCAAAGUACCGACUCCGUCGAGCGGGUCCCACCAUGUAAUGUCCGUACGGUCUUCGGUCGUUGACCCCGCGACGCUUCAGCCAUUUCCUUGUCCGAAAGAAAAACGUUUUUUGAUCCCACGGCCACAGGCCGUCCGAUUCGUAUCUUCGAGCAUCGAACGGCUGAGGAAUAUACACUUGGUGUGUCGCGCUGUAACUGGUUCACGCAAGCUGAUUGAGCGUGAUGAUUUUGCUGGAGCAUAUCAGCUUCUAACGACGGCUCGGUCAAACGCUUCUGAUGAUGAUAGCUUAAUGAGCUUGGACGCUGAGUUAGCUGAGCUAAGCCGGUUGAAACCGAGAAUCGGUUUAGCAAACCGAACCGAAGAAAAACCUGAGCAACUUACGCCGACUUCGGCUUGGAAAGCGGCUGAGAAAUUGGCGAAAGUGGCUAUCAUGAGGAAGCAUUUAAACCGAGUCAGCGACAUGCACGGCUUGGAAAACGCCAGAUUUUAAGUUUUUUUUUUCUCCUAAAUAAUCUUAGUUAUUUUUGAAAAUAUGGUAUAUACUUAUUUCAGAAACCAAUAAUUUAGUAAGGUAAUAAUAAGUAUAAAAUGAUAGAAGUAUGAUUUUUGGAAAGGUACCCUAUAGGUGCAUGAUUGCGACAAGCAGUAGCCGACUGGUGUGGCCUUUUUUGUAAUGCAGAGAUUGGUAUUGGAGAAUUAAUUGGUCUUUUUAGCUUUUAUCAUCUU